AUGCCGCUACCAUGGGUACAACUGCUCAAGAGCUCCAACAUCCCCUCCUCGGAGCAAGCCAAGAAUCCCGAUCUCAUGCUCGAUGUACUCCAGUGCUACGAUGAGUCUGCCAAACCCAAGGAGAAAUAUAUGACAAACUUUUCGGGGAUCACCAGCUCUUCGGGCUCAGUCGAUUCCAUGAGCCAAGCCUCCUCGACCCGGUGUUCUACAACUGCUCAUCCGUUCUCUCCCCCCCCGCCAGCACCCUCCAGCAUGAGCGAGGGUCUCCACCUCCUCUCAGACUUGCCAUCCUCCUCGACACCACCGCACCACAAGUUAUCCACUCUUUCCAGCCCCCUCAGCAGUUUUAUGCCCUCCAACACCACCGAGACCUCGCCUUUCCGCGGCUACAGUUACAAUGAGACCUCUGGGGCAGUUGUUGCAAACUCCACCUGCUCCACACCUCCGCCGAUGUAUGCCGGAUCGCAGAGACGGACCAGCGAGGUGGUUGGUACCCCUGCGGCGGGCACAGCCGCCGGUGGAACAAGACCUCCACCACCCACACCACCUCAUCGCACUUGUUCUGGUGGCGGCGGUGGUGAGGUGAAACAGUCACAACUGCAACAGCAACAGUCGGAGAGGGAACAGACGGCUUCCUCCUCGUCGGCAGCAUCGUGCAAUGCUUCGUCAGUACCCAGUUUGCCUACCACAUCAGGCGUCUCGGUGGGCGGCGGAUCGUCCAGCUUUACAAGCAGUGGUUGCUCCUUCUACUACUACUCAGGUAGUGGAGAGACGAGCAAUUCGCCCACUUCGGGUUGCGGAUCUACUGCUCCUGCUCCGCCACCACCUAUUCCACCACAUCAUGUCACCUCCACUCCCACGGCCAGUGGCACUGACCCUUCUGCCACACUACGUGGUAGUCAUCACCGUUCAGUGCCACCUGCAGCAGCCGCCACCAUCGACAAGAGUAGAACGGGUGUGGACAUCAGUAGUGGCGACUAUCGAGCUCUAUCUUCCACUCAUGACUAUCCGCGCUCAUCAACGUCGCAUUCGCAACCUCAACCUCCGCUUCCGCCACCAGAGACUUUUACUUCUGAGGAAGAGGAAUGUGACGAACAGGAUGAGGAAGAAGAAGAGGAGGAGUCGUCCGAGGAGGAAAGCGAUGAAAUGAUUGGGAUAACAGAGCUAGAAGUGGAAGAGAAAGAGAUGUCUCCAGAAACGGUACAUGACAUGACUGUGGAGUUGGACAGACGGGUCUGCUUGCGUGAUGUCUCGCCUGUCGAUGGGGCCGUAAUGGAUGCUACGGCAACACUUCUACCGCCGCCCUCCAGUCCUGGACUUGAGAAUGGUGGUACUCUAACCAACGGUCAUGCCAAGAAACAUCCCAUGGAUAACGCCGAAAAUACGGUUAAGCCGCCUCCUGCAUCACCCAGUGUUGUACAGAAACCGGCUUCUCCACUUCUAACGGGGGUUGCCCCAACAGUUCAUCACUUUCCCAACUCGCCCAAAUCCAAUCACCACCACACCAACAACAUCCAUAACCAACAGCACCAGCAUGCUGCGCCGAGGCGACGAACCAACAAUAACCACCAUCGUCUCACUGAUCUUCAGGUGUAUGAAAAGCUUCGGGCUAUUGUCAGUCCGGGCUGCCCCACAGACAAGUACUGCGUUGUGGAGAAGAUAGGCCAAGGCGCCUCUGGUGUGGUAUGCAGCGGCUACGAGAUCACAACAAAGAAGUUAGUAGCCAUUAAAAAGAUGAAUAUAGCACAACAGCCCAAGAAAGAGUUGAUCAUAAAUGAGAUCCUUGUGAUGCGAGCUAAUCGGCAGCCGAAUAUCGUCAACUUUCUGGAUGCCUAUUUGGUUCUACCUUCGCCUUCUGCCACCAUGGCAACACCAGUCAAGACACUUAAUCCAACCGCGAAUGGAAAUGGUGGCGGUAGUGGUGAGGAAUUGUGGGUGGUGAUGGAGUACCUAGAUGGGGGUUCACUCACCGAUGUUGUCACGGAAACGUGCAUGGAGGAGGGCCACAUUGCAGCUGUUUGCAAAGAGGCGCUCUAUUUGAUCGCAACGAUUGGCAAGCCGGAGAUCAAGGAACGAGAUCGUCUCUCUGCCAUCUUCCUUGACUUCCUGGAUCGGUGUUUGGAGGAGUCAGUUGAUAAACGAGCCACAGCCUCAGAAUUGCUACAGCACCCCUUCAUCACUACACAGGCAAAGCCACUCUCCAGUCUAAUCCCUCUCAUCCAAUUGGCUAGGGAGCAAAAUAGGCCUUAUUUUAUAGACAAGAAACAUUCCGCUGCCGUUCGUGGUACUGAUGAAAUAGUGACGAUGACCGACGAUGAAGGUGAUAGCGAAGCAUUUCUCCUUGCCUCUCUCUAG